AUGUCGUUAAAUACUUCUUCAUUUUUUGAUACUACUAAUGCUAACCAAGAAAAAAAUCCUUUACAUAAUUCACAAAUACAAAACAUUCCUUCUUCUUUCUCUCCUCUUGUGAAUAUAAAAAAAAAUCUUUUUUAUUCUUCUAAUUAUGAGAUAUCUUUUGAAGAACUUCGAGCAAAAACUUUAGGAUUGUUACCAUUAGGAAAAGAUGAAAAAGAUCAAGUAAUUGUUCAUAAUAAUAAUUAUGAUGAUGACGAUAUUAUGAAAACAAUUUUCACCGGCAAAGAAAUUGAAAAAUCAAAAGAAAAUUCCAAUAAAAAAAUAAUUGUUACUAAACAAAGUUUGGAAUUUAAUAAAAUGUCAUCUAGUGACAUAAAGUCUAAAGAAAUCAUCGGAACGAUAAUACCUUCUACAACUAAAACUAAAAUAAACAACAAUUUAGAAUUAUCAGAUAUGAUGGAAAUAAUUUCCUCUUGUCAGUAUAACAAUUACAAUCACAAUCAUGAGAAUGGUAGUCCAUCUGUUUCUGCCGCUAGCACAUUUCAUCAUUAUUGUCAUCAAUCUACUACUACUGUUGCUACUAAAAUAAUAAUGGAUGAAAAGGACAUCAAAUGCAACAAAAACUAUAACAAUAAAUAUUUUAAUCUAAUUACUUCACCUUCACUAAAAAACUUCAACGAAAAAAAAGUCAACACAAAUAAAUUAUUACUAUUUCCAAUUCCAUCAAAUCCUUGUAAACCUUUAAAUCAAAAUCUAAUAGAAAAGAUUUUGAAUUCAUUAAACAAUUUUUUGAAUGAUUAUCCUGAAUACCAUGAUCUAAGAAACCAGAAUUCAAAUCAACAUGAAAAAAUCUUACGAAUUUUACGACAGAAUAAACCUCAAUCUCGUCAUGCUAUUAAUAAUAUCAAUGAUAACACAACAACAACAGGAUGUUAUUCAUCAGAAAUUGAUGAUAAUUCAAUUCAAAUUUUAGAUAAAACUUUUAUAGUUUGUAAUAAAAUUGGUGAGGGUUCAUAUGGAAAAGUGUAUCGUGUUCUUGAUAAAAAAAAAUUUAUUGAAAGUGGCAUCAAUAUUAAUAACAAAAAAAACAAUAAUGUUAAUGCCUCUAUAGCAUUGAAAAUUCAAAUACCACCUAGUUCUUGGGAAUUCUACAUAAUUAAACAAUUACAUCAAAGACUCUUAUCAACAACAGCAGCAGUAACAACAGUUAAUUCAAUAAUAAAAGUUUUUUCAUUAUGUUAUUAUAAAAAUGAAAGUUACUUAUUGACAGAAUAUUGCAAUCAUGGAUCAUUAUUAGAUCUUAUCAACAACUUAAAAAAAGAUAAUUCACAAAUAGAUGAAAUUCUGGUAAUUUUUUUUACAAUAGAACUACUCAAGGUGAUUGAAUCAAUUCAUAAAGUUGGGAUAAUACAUUGUGAUAUAAAGGUUGACAAUUGUCUUUUGAGAUUAGAAUCAUUGUCAUCAGAAGAUAAUAAUAAUAGCAACAAAUGGGAUUCACAAUAUAAUCCAUUUGGUGAAAAUGGUUGGUCAAAAAAAGGAAUAAAAUUGAUUGACUUUGGACGUUCAAUUGAUGUUACAUUGUUCCCACCCAAUAUGAAAUUUAUUGCAGAUUGGAAGACUGAUGAAGAAGAUUGUGUUGAAAUGCGUGAAGGAAGACCAUGGAAAUGGCAAGCUGAUUAUUAUGGAUUAGCUGGUGUGAUAUAUUGUAUGCUACAUAAUGAAUACUUACAAGUCACUCAAACUCACAUAAAUAAUGAUGGUUAUGAUUGUAAUAUUGAUAAUAGUAAUAUGGAUUUAUGGAAAAGAUUAUUUGAUAUUUUAUUAAAUUCUUCUUCAUUGCUAAGAUCCAUUGAUAAUGAUGAUGGUGAUUUGUUGUUAGAAUUGAAAGAAAUUCGGAAAGAAUUUGAAAAUUAUUUGGUAGAGAAUUGUGAAAAAUCUGGAAAAAGUCUUAAAAGUUUAUUGAAAAAAUUAGAAGUGAAAGCCAAUACAUAA